GUAAGUAGCAUUAGGAAGUAUCAAAAAAGAAUGUAUGUAUUGUUUUCAAACAAAUGAAAUAUAAUUUCUGACUUAUAAAAGUGUAACACAAAUAUUGGUUGGUUAUGGAUAAUCAUCAGUCGAAAUCGAGAAUAAUGGUGGAUUCUGAACCACCGGAUAAACGUGCCAGAACUGAUUACUCAUUAUGCCUGGUUUGCCAGAUUGACAAUGGGGACAAACUUGUUGAUACGACCUAUACAACGUUUAAGGACACAACAUAUGAUAGUUUGCUUGAAACAAUCCACAAGAGAGCUGCUUUGGGACACCAAGAAUAUGUCAUCAUUAAAAAACGUCUCCAUAAUGUAACAUCAGAGAUUCUGAAGCAUGAAGAAGCAUCUUGGCAUUCAGCAUGCCUGGAAAGAACAAUACAAAACUCAAAAAGGGAUUACAAAAAAGCCGAAACCCAGAUACACGGACAAGCAAGAAAACGAGGGCGACCAAGAGGUUCAUUGAACUAUGUAUUUCCACGCUACACGAACCCACUGAAUGAAUCAGAAUCCCCAAAUGAAGAAAACGCUGGAACAGAAAACCAGACAUCACAGGACGAGAACAACGCAGUGGAACAGAGUGGUAUGUACCUGAGCAGAUCAGAGGACGUUGGUCAUGAAAAUAAUCUAAAAUGGAAGGCAGCAAAAUAUCCAAAGUAUGCGGAUGCUGACAAAAGAUUGGCAACUUACCACGGAUGGCCGUUGGCAGAACCUAACCCGAACACUCUUUGUGUCGCUGGAUUCUUUUUCACAGGUCAUGACUUCGACUGUGUACGGUGUUUCUGCUGCGGUAUCGGUCUUAAAGACUUCUCUGACACAGAUAAUCCACUGCUGGAGCACGCAAAACACUCGUCCAACUGUCCGUAUAUUAUUGAUUAUUUUGGAAGCCGAUCUGCUUUAGAAGCAUAUAAGCAAAGGUUUGCGACCCAAGAUCCUGAGGAAAUAAGACGCAGUCAACGAGAACUGUAUGAACGACAACAAGGCCGACCAGUAACAAUCUACAGAGCAAAGCACGAACGAUUCCGGACGCUUGAAUCUCGCCUCGAAACGUUUACACACUGGCCUCAACAUUUAUCACAGAGACCAAAAGAGCUGGCAGAUGCAGGGAUGUAUUACACAGGUGUUGACGACCAUUGCCGCUGCUUCGCAUGUGACGGUGGUUUGAGGAACUGGGAACCAGGAGAUGAUCCCUGGAUAGAACAUUGCAGAUGGUUUCCGGCGUGUCCUUAUGCACGGGCGGUAAAAGGCGACGAGUUUAUCAACCUCGUCCAACAUUCCGCUGAUCAGGCCGUGGAAGAAAAUCGUAGAGAUGAGGUUAACAUUGCCAUUGGUGCUUUAACGAUCGAUGACUCAAAUAUUCAGCGCAUUGUCGAGAAAAAUCGAACCCUUCUUAUACAGGACAUGGGGUUUCCUCUUAACGAUGUAAAAACAGCUGUUCUCGAACUUGUGCAACAAGCCAUCACUGACCCAGAUAUUGAAGAUAUCAUAACUCGCCUGGGGGUCAUAAAUGAGAGAAGGCCGCUCGACGUCCUAUUCCAACGCACAGCACCACUAGAACCAGAAACAGUAUUGAAAGAAAACAAACUAUUAAAAGGCUUGCUUCUUGUUUCUACCCUGCACCCAUCACAAAUACUGCUUGGACUGCACACAACACAGCGAUAA